AGAAGGGCGGGUCCUGAGACCGGAAGCCGGAAGUGGGGUUUGAGGACGUGUUCCGAGGAGGCCGCAGGCCGGUUAGGCCGGCGUUAUGGAGCCACUAUACCAACACACGCACAAGCAGGUCCAGGAGAUCCAGUCUCACAUGGGACGCCUGGAGAGGGCAGACAAGCAGUCUGUGCACUUAGUAGAAAAUGAAAUCCAAGCAAGCAUAGAGCAAAUAUUCAGCCAUCUGGAGCGCCUGGAGAUUUUGUCAAGCAAAGAGCCCCCAAAUAAAAGGCAGAAUGCCAAACUCCGUGUCGACCAGCUAAAGUACGAUGUCCAGCACUUGCAGACUGCCCUCAGGAACUUUCAGCACCGGCGCCAAGCCAAGGAGCAGCAGGAGAGACAGCGAGACGAGCUCCUGUCUCGCACCUUCACCACUAACGACUCUGACACCGCCAUCCCCAUGGAUGAAUCGCUGCAGUUUAACUCCUCCCUCCAGAGCAUUCACCACGGCAUGGAUGACCUCAUUGGAGGCGGGCACAGUAUUCUGGAGGGACUGAGGGCCCAGAGACUGACGUUGAAGGGGACUCAGAAAAAGAUCCUUGACAUUGCCAACAUGCUGGGCUUGUCCAACACAGUGAUGAGGCUGAUCGAGAAGCGGGCCUUCCAGGACAAGUACUUCAUGAUCGGCGGGAUGCUGCUCACUUGUGCAGUCAUGUUCCUCGUGGUACAGUACCUGACAUGAGCCAGCCGUGCCCAGCACCGGACAGCCUUCCCAUUGUGUGCGCAUGUGCAAGCAACAAGUGGACCGGGAGGAAAUGUAUGCCUUAACUGUGAAGACACCUCUGCCCCCAGGACUAAUCGUGGCUUAGUAUCAAACCUGCGUUGUUUUCUGUGACAUCUGGGGAGUAGGACUUAGGGUCACUAAGAUGUGUGGUGCUUAGGAAGUGGGCCAAGACCUUGUUCCCUGACUUUCAUUGGGGGAGGGAUGGCUGGGUUUUGUGGUUUGUCCACACAGCUGAUGCUCUUCCUGGAAAGUGUGCAUGGUGAGGCUUGCAUACAAGACUGUCCACACUUUUCACUCCUGAUGGGUGGACUGGAGCCCAAGUGAGAAGAUGAGGAGAGAGGUCUUUCCCUGUGCCAUCUGGGAUAGAUCAGUUCUCACUUCCUUGCUUCCAGCCACUGACCAGCCCCAGCCCCUAAGAAAACAUGACACGCAGGUGACUAACUGCUAACACCAGCACCCUUUCCUGGAAGCAGCUACUCCAGGGAGGCGGAGACAUCAGUGCUGCUGCUGAUAAUGUAGCGUUUCCAUGCCAUGGUUGCUGGGUGUUUGUCCUUCCUGAAGGGAGGCUAAUAAUGUUCCCAGGGAGUGUUCAGUGUGGACACUGAAGCCCUGCGUCACCAGUGUUUUCCAGUUAAUACAGCAAUUGGCUCUUACAGGUCAGAGACAACCCAGGCUUAAUGGCUGGGCCUUUGCUACUCUGAAAGUAGCCAUGAGCAAAGGGUGACUAGUUCUGCCAUCUCAAAUUCUUUGACUAUCUAUCCCUUGAAAUAUAUUAGCAAUAUAUCAAUCAGCUAAACCUCCAUUUUCCCCAGCCCUCAUAGGUCACCCUGGGCAUGUCCCUGGUAAGUAUGUUUUUGUGAGACUGUUUCAGGGACCAGGUCAUUUUUACUUUUCCCAGCCGUGAUUAAGGCUGUGUCAGUACCUGGUAUAAUGUAGAAUUUGUUUGAAAGUUAAUGUAUCUUGAGCACACAUUGUGAUUAAUCACUGCAAGUACUAACACGAUCUAGUCAUAAGCCCUGCCCACCCAAACAGUUCUAAAUUUAGUAGCUUCUUAGUAGGAAAAACAGAUGCCAGAAUUCCUAAGAACUGGAAACUGGUCAGUAUUAAUCCUUCCUUUGGUUGCUUUACCUACUUCCUAUGCUUGCUUAAGUGUCCUCUGCCAUCUCCCUCUUCACAGUAGGUGUUACAUCUCACCCCGCCUGCCCCCCCUCCUCAGUAGCAGGAUUGGUCUCUUGGAUACAUCUGUGGCAUCUUUUUGGGGAACUUUCUCAACUGUACACACUUUAAACCUGAGUUUCCUGGGUACUCAGUUCUGGUCAGAUGGGAUGUCUGUCGCUCUUCCCUUUAAGUUAAAUGUGCCAUAGCUGGCCGGAAAGGAGGAAUGUGGCCCCACUAGGAGAACUGAUAGUUGUGCAGAGUGGAAACAGUGGCCCUAGAAGACAGAGGAAGCCUGCAGCACCUCCAGACCUAGGUCUCACUUUGGGGAGGCAGUCGGGCAUGGGUUCUUGGCUGGCCAUAGAGUUUAUACUCCACAGACCUGACUCCUGUGCCCCCUGGCACCUGAAGAUCCCACCAGACAGCAUGCUUUGGAAGAUGUACAAGCUGUAAUUGAGCCAUUUGAACUCAAAUGUGGGCAGCAAAGGCCCCAGCCCCUGCCCUUCGUUAGUUGUUGGGGCAGUGUUUGUAGUACAUAAUGGUUUUCCGCCUUUGUAGCAAUCCUUGGCAUUACUGAACAGGAAGUCCCACCUUCCCAGCCAGGUCUCCCUUUAGAAUGAAUUUGUGGUAAGGUCAGCAGCACUGCCUGGGGGCAGGGACUGGAAGCAGAGAGGGUCUGGUCUCGAAGAGUGGAAGAGAGAGAGGGCGCUGAGCUGGUUGCCUAGGCUGCCCACCCUUCCUCCCUCGAAUUUCCAUUCAGUGCCUUGUGAGAUAGCUCUGACCUCAUUGGGUGAACUGUCCUUUCAGUCUCUAGCAGAGGGAAGGCCAUAGCCUGAGUGGGGUGCCCUCUAGUGGAGGAGGGCGGGCCCUUAGUGGAGCUUGUCAGAAGCUACAGCCAGCAGUUGGUGUGUGCACCUGGGUGCGGUAGUCUGUGACAGGGUUUGAAGCAGGUGGGGCCAGAAGGGAUCUAAGACUAAGUAAGUAGAUGUGUACUCCAUGUAUGGCCACUUGAAGGAAUGCUAAAUGCAAGGACCAAGGUUUCAUUGUAGGCUCUUUCUCAAAAGCCAGGGUGUCCUGUUGAAUUUAAAUAGCUUUGAUUGGCAACUGUAUUUACACCCCUUGUUUUCAGAACAUGUCAGCUGAAUAAAGUUGAGGUUUGUUUAGAAAA